UUAGUUAAGGUUUAAUUAUUUUAAGUCAAACAAUUAACAAUAUAAACAAUUACCACAGUUACGGGCAUAUAAGUUGUUUUGUUUAGAGUGUAUAUAGUGUUUUUUGUCGAUUUUUUUUUUUUUUUGGAAAAUUUUCUUGAAUCAAAAAUUAAAUAUGUCGCCACUAAAUCUAGUGGGGAUGUUAUUUUUACUUUUAACACCAAGUAUACAAUCGUACCGAACAGAUUUUGGCCCUGACGAUUCAUUAAAUACAAUUUCAAGUACACCAUUCCCAUCAUUCGGUCAAUCAAGUAGUUAUUCUGGUUCAAAAUCUUUUGCCAGUUCGUUUGCAUCAUCCGGCUCAUAUUCUGCAUCACAUUCAAGUUCCGGAGGAUAUAGUAGUGGAAUACCAGCUGUAACCGUCAAUGAUUUUGGUGCAUCUGGUAUUAAAUCGGGUACAUAUUCCGGUGCUGGAGCUGGUGCAUUUAGUGGCAGUGCAUCUGGUGUGAAUCCAAACUUAUUUGGAUUACCUGGAUCAAAAGUUGCUGAAAAUGUAAAUGCUGGAUUAGGUAAUCCUUUUGGUGGUGCCGCAUCCUAUUCAUCCAGUGGAAGUUUUUCAUCGGGCGGAAGUGCUAGUGGAUCAAAUAGCUUUUCUUCAACUACUAAUGCACACAUCGGGGGUAAUGGGCAAAUUGCGGGUAGCUUGGGUAAUGAAUAUGUAAGUGGAGUGAAAAAUAUUGCCAGUGGUGCAAAUGGUGGUGGAUUUUCUGGUGCCGGAUCAUAUUCCUCAAGUGGAUUAUCUGGAUCUGGCGUUUCAUCUAAUGGUGCAGAAUCAGUUGGAAAAUUGACUGGUAACUUAGGUACAAGCUAUAACUCAGGAAUAAAAGGAAACUCAGCUUUUGGAGCUGGAUACUCUGGUGGCAAUUCGGGAGCAUUUUCAACAAAUGUAGGUUCCUCUGGAUCAUAUAAUGGACAAGCCUCAGUUAAUUCGGGUGAUCAAGUAAAGGGAAACUUGGGUGGAGCUUAUACUACAAGCUAUAACUCAGGAGUAAAAGGAAAUUCAGCUUUUGGAGCUGGAUAUUCUGGAGGCAAUUCGGGAGCAUUUUCCACAAGUGGAAGUUCCUUAGGUUCUGGUUCGUCACAAUAUAAUGGACAAGCAUCAAUUAAUUCUGCUGAUCAAGUAAAAGGGAAUUUGGGUGGAGCUUAUGGUUCAACUACUAAUGGAGUGUUUGUGUCUAAUGGUGUUAGUGGCAUAAAUUCUGGAAAUUAUAACAAACCAAUUAAGGGUACAGGUGGCAAAGUACAGUUUGUUCAAUCAACAGCAUCAACAGUUAAUAUUAAAAAUAAUCCAUUCUUAACUGGUCAAGUAAGACCUGUUGCACCUGGGGAUGUACCAAAACCAGUAGUUAUUGCUGACUCAUCUUCAGCAUCUUCAAGCAUUUCUGGUAAUCGAGCAUCAGUAGAUAUUUCAAAGAACCCAUUCUUAACUGGAUCCGUACCAGCACCACCAGCAAAACCUAUCGGUUGCAAUAAUAUAAAUGGUGGAUCUUGCUCAGGAAGCACAUCACCUCCAUUAAUAGUUAGCGGAGGUUGUAAUGGAGGUGCAGCAAGUGUCUGUGGUGGAUCUAAACCCAUUGGUAGUCAAUCUGGAAGUGGAAGUUCACUCAAUAACAAUCCAUUUUUGGGUGGAAAUUAUCAACCGCAACCAAGUCCACCAAAACCGCCACAAAAACCAGCUGAUUUAAGUGGAAAUCCAUUUUUAACUGGCGGAAAUAAAGGUCCAUCCUACCAACCAAAUGCACCACAAACCCCAUUCCCACAAAAACCAAGUGUACCACAAACGCCAUACCCACAACAACCAACGCCACUUCCACAACAACCACAAGGUUUCCCAUCAACUGUUCCACAAAAUCCUCCGGUAUACCAAAGUUCUUAUCCACAACCCGUUGCCCCAACCAUUAUUCCACAAAAACCACAACCAUUCCCAUCUACUUAUCCUCAACAACCACAACCCAUUCCAACAGCAAUACCACAAGGCACGUACACCCAAUCAGGCAAAACUAAUGUUUUAAUUGACAGUUCUGCUCAAUCUACAAGCAUAGACGAAUCAGGAUUGCAAUGUGGUUCAUCUGGAUAUAUUUGUGUGCCCAAAGAACACUGUGUAAAUGGUCUGGUUAGCAAAUAUGGAGAAGGAUUAUUCCAAGUUAGAAAUUCGGCUCAAUAUUGUAAACAAGGCAGUGAGGUUUGCUGCAAAUUAGAUAAAUCAUCAUAUCCAACACCAUCAUUCGUAGCUCCAUCAUCUCCACCAGCAGUAACACAAUUCCAAUCGGCAUCAACAAAUUAUCAACAAAGUAGUCAAUUCUCAGGAAAUACAGCCGGUUCAACAAGUACGAAAUAUGUAUCAAACAGUGUGAAUCAAUUACCACAAAGUACAAUUGGUAGUCCAACAUUCACAUCACCAAAUUUGGGACCAUUAUUACCUGGACCUUAUUCCACAAGUGGAAUCAUUGUUGAACCUGGUGUAAAUCCAUUCAGAAACGUUGAUGAUAUCCGUGGCCCACAAUAUUUACCACCAGUUGCAUCUCCAUCAACACCACCAAAAAUAUCAACUCCCAGACCAACAACAACGACCACCACAACUACAACUCCAAGACCUACAACACAAGCUCCAACGUAUCUACCUCCAAGAGUCCCUGAUUCAAGUGUUAUUUACGUAAAAACAACUCAGCCAACUACUACAACUACCACAACUCAAUCUCCAAAUGCGUAUUUACCACCAUAUGAAGGUGAUGGAAGUGAAGUGAAAAAUCAAAAUAUUUUACCACCAUAUGAAGGCAAUCCAUCAGACCAGGAUCAAACAAUUGUUGGAUUUCCAACAUCACCACGUCCAGUACCGACACAAGGUAUUAUAUUGAAUACAGCAGUUCCAUCAGGAUGUGCUGCCGCUUUAAAAUGUGUGCCAGUUGAUUUUUGUACGGCUGAAGGUGUAAUUUCUAAUACAAGUGUACGUUUAACUCCACAACAAAACGAACAACGAGUGCCAUUAACUGAUUGUUUAGUAGCAGAAUCAUCAAAUGUUAUUGGUAAAUGUUGCCGUGAUCCAACAUACAAAGACCCAUGGCCAGUAGGCCAACUUGGAUUAUGGAACCCAGACAAUGGAUUUGAUGAUGGUCAAUAUAGACCAGACAGCCAAAAACCACAAAGAAUUACUAAUCAACUUGGACCUCAAAAUCAACCAAGAUUCCCUCCAUCUGUCUCAAAUCCAUUUGCAUCAGGAAGCAUAUUAUCACCCACUCAAGUAAAACCUUCCCCUAACUUCUUACCUCAACCCACAUGUGGUGUUCGAAAUCCUAAUACACAACCUCGUGGCAACUCACCAAUCGAUGCUUCAUUCGGUGAAAUUCCAUGGCAAGCAAUGGUAUUAAGAGAUUCUAGUCGAAAAUUAAUUUGCGGUGGUAUAAUUGUUGGACCAGAUGCAGUUAUUACAGCAGCUCAUUGUGUACAAGGAAUCCAAGCAAAUGAUAUUCUAGUAAAAGGAGGUGAAUGGCGUUUAGGAAUUGAUGAAGAACCAAAACCAUUCCAAAUUGUUAAAGUUGGUUCAGUUAUUAUUCAUCCACAAUAUUCUCCCGACAAUCUUUUUAAUGAUGUUGCCAUUCUAAAACUUUCUGAGAAAUUCCGUUUCGAUAAGCAUAUCGAUGCUAUUUGUUUACCUGGAGCCGAUGAAGUUAUUGAAAAUAAUUAUAGUGCUGGAAAUUGCAUUGCAACUGGUUGGGGUAAACAAGCAUUAACAAUAAACAUUCAAAAUUCAUUGAUGCAUCGUAUUCCAAUUAAUCUUUUACAACCGGAACAAUGUCAAAAUACUUUGGCCAAUAACCACCAAAACAGUUUAUACCAAUACAGUCCAAGCACAUGUAUUUGCGGAGCACCAAAAGUUCCACAAAACAAUUUAUGCGAUGUUGAUCAAGGUAGCGCUUUAGCUUGUGACUCAGGAAAUGGUCAUUAUGUAUUGAGUGGUAUUUUCUCAUGGGAAACUGGAUGUGAUCAAGGCAACCAAGUUGGUGGAUUUACACGUUUGGAUAUGCAAUGGGUACUAUCACAAUUAGGUCAAUCUUCUUCCAAUGGAGGUGCUAUAAGAAACAAUUUCGCAUCUCAACAACAACAAUCUAUUUAUCAACAAAAAACCAAUCAAUACUUCCCAAUAAAAGGAAGUUAUUCACAAAAUCGUCCACAAUAUCGACCACUUCCAAUCAGUUAUAACGGUGCGGAACCUCCAUGUAAUUGUGAAGGUUAAAUAAAUAAGAUAGAACAAUAAUUUAUGAAACUACAUCUAUGUUUAAAAAUAUUUUGUAUAUCAUUUUCAUUUUAUAAGCUAGAUACUGGCUACUUUGUAGUUGAGUAUCAAGUUACUCAUGUUGAUACUCGUUAAUAUUUGAUGUACAUGCUAGAUGGCAGCUCUAGUAAUAAACUCAUAAAUUUCCAUCUAUAAAAAGUCAUUUCAUCUAACUGAGAGCGACUUUUAGGCAAUAAAAAAAUGCAAAUAAAAAGACGAUAAAAAGUCUAAAUUAAAGGUGAAGCAUAGACUGCUUGAGUAAAACAUGCAAUUACCGCCUUGAAUUCUAGAAACAAAUCUUUCGCUACACAAUUUAAGCGAUAAAUUACGAGGAGAUCGGUAAGGUAGAUAUCUAUAUUUUGCUGUAGUUAAUUUUGCCUAAAAUUCUCUCUUUAAUAUUAUUAAUUACAUUUUUUAAAAGACGUUGUUUUAAAACAAGAAAAUUAUUUAUUAUUUUAUAAAAUUUUUAUAUUUUUUUAUUUGUACAAAGAGUAUUCAGUUAUUCUGUUUUAGUACGUA